AUGGCCACAGCCAUGAAGAAAGUGAACAUGAUCACCCAAAUCGUGCGGCUGAAGCAGGUCGUCCAACGCUGGAAAACCAAGAGCCUCACCCGCCGCUCCGUCCUCUAUCACUCCUCAUCCUCCUCCGAUUCCGACGAACCCACCGGCUCCAAGCGCCGCACACCCUCCGGCUCCCUCGCCGUCUACGUAGGCCCGGACCGCCUCCGCUUCGUCAUCCCGACCAGAUUCCUAAACCUUCCCGUAUUCGUGGCCCUCCUCCACCAGGCGGAAGAGGAGUUCGGGUUCCAGACAACCGGCGGCCUGGUUCUCCCCUGCGAACCGGGUUUCUUCAGGGAAAUCUUGCGGUUUCUGGAGGAAGACGAGGAGAAGUUUGGCGGGGUGGAGCUGGAUGAGUUCUUGAACAUGGUUUCGGAAGUGGGGCUGCAGGAUCAGUCGUCGUCCUGUAAAGAAUCGUCGGCGUCGACUUCUUGCCAGCACGCCUUCACACCGUUGCUGCCCAAGACUAGGGUUUGA